AGGCACCUCCUAUCGCGUAGGGCGCAGUGGCGGCUGCGUGGUGGGGGGGCGUGGGACGCGUGGAAGGGAUGAAAGUAGAGAGGCCGGCAACGAAGACCUUCAGAACACGUUAGUAAACGAGAAGGCGCGCGUCGUUUGUCGUACGGUCUCGGUUCCUUCGUGCCGGCUUUUAAUCCCACGCAAUUCAACCGAUCGCGCGUCGUAUUCGCGUUGUUCGCGCACACCCUCCCCCGUCCCCUCUCCUCCGCUCCCCCCCCGUUAACGAGAAGACGUCAACGGUUGUCGUCGCGCGAGGUCGACUCGAGUGUAACGAACGUAACGAAAGCCGGUUCAUAACUACGAGAUCGGAGCUGUGUCGCGAGCGUGGCGCGUCUUCGCGGGGCCUAUCCUUCUCACCCUUGCUCCCCUCUCCGCGCUCUACCAUCCCCAUCUCCUUUUCUGUGAUUUGCCACUUCUCCUUCCGAUCAACCGAUAUCCCUCUUCAUCGCCCCCCUCUCCUUUUCAUUGUCCGCCCUUCCGUUUCCCUUCCAUCUUCGAUUCGUCAUUAUCUUCGUGCUACGAGACCCGUGAGCAUCGUCGAGCUUCCACGAACUUCCCUCUGGUGCGUAUUACGUCAUUUACGUACUUGUACACGUAUUUUCGCCCUCACAAGCGUCUCGUACUUCGUAGACAUUCAUUGUGUGUGUCCGCACUGUUCCCGCGUUAGUUUAGAAACAAUUUGAGACAGGUGACCAAGAGAGAGAGAGAGAGAGAGAGAGAGAGAGAGAGAGAGAGAAGAAGAAAGAGCUGAAGAAAAAUAAGAAGAAGAAAAGUGCAGCAAAGGUGUAGAGAAAUGACAGUUUAUUCCAUCCGGUUACUUUCCGAUUGCUCUUCUACUGUUAUUCACGCAGUGUUGUACCUCUGACAUUCAUCUCUCGCGUAUAAGCGUCUUCGACGAGAAUCCAAUUUCUUCCCGACGGGACUAAACUCGCCCGCGGUGGAACGACAUCUCGAUUGUGCGCGGGAAAAUCUGCCAUAUUCAAGAAUCAGGUAUACGCAUUGGCGUGAAAAGUCCGAAAUCCCGCAGAUUUUCGGGCAGCGCGCGCUUCUUAGUUUCGUGUAAUCGUCGCGUCGUAAAACAGCCAAAAUUCGGGUGAAGGGAGAUCCGAAGCCAUCCUACGCGAUGGACCCGGCCGAUGAGCAAGACAUGGAGAAUUCAGGCGGGGGGCCUAAUUGCAGCAAUGGAACUAAUGGAACAAAUGGCACGAAUGGUCAGCAUCAAACACCGGAAGGAUCAAUGUAUCAGGAGGAGAAUGAUGAGUCGGAUUUGGAUGAUGAACCUCAGGAUGAUGAAGACUCACUUUCGCAGCCGCUUCAAGCGAACUCGCAAGCCAUGGAUAUUACCAGUGCACAUUCGCUGGCACACUUGAGCAACCUGAUGAAUUCACAGAUUAUGAAGAUUAGAAUGGAGCGUAAUGAAGUGGAUAUGUUAGGAGGCAGGAGUAAUUUGGACCCUCUACAGGUUGCAAGUAAUAUCCUGUUUUCACCCCUGUAUAUGCCGCCGACAGCACCACCGCCACCACUGUCAAUGCCAACGCCUUCACAGAACAAUCAUCCCCAAGUGGCGGAGAAUCCUGGGAACAUUGCCGAAAAUCAUGCUGUGACCUGCGCCGCUUCUUCCUCUAGAGUUCCUGCUGCGCUGCCUAAAGAUUCUGUGCCUCCUCGUAGGAAUAACGGAGAGUCCUCGCAAGGAAACUCGAGAAAUAACGGCGAAGCCCGUGACGGUGAAGCUCGCGCCUCUUCGGCGAACAGCACACACACCCCUGGAAGUAACUGGAGCUUCGAAGAGCAAUUCAGACAGCUGUACGAGUUGGACGAUAAUCCUGAACGGAGAGUAUUUCUUGACGAGCUCUUCUCUUUCAUGCAGAGUAGGGGAACACCCAUCAGCCGACUCCCUAUCAUGGCGAAAUCUGUCUUGGAUCUCUACGAGCUUUACAAAUUGGUGGUACUGCGGGGAGGAUUGGUCGAGGUAAUCAACAAGAAGCUGUGGCAGGAAAUCAUCAAAGGUCUCCGGCUGCCAGCGAGCAUCACUUCCGCCGCGUUUACUCUGCGAACUCAAUACAUGAAAUAUCUAUAUCCAUACGAGCGCGAGAAGGAAAAGCUCUCGACUACCGAGCAGCUCCAGACGGCGAUCGAGACAAAUCGUCGUGAGAGCCGAAGAAACAAUUAUGCUGCUUAUACUAACAAUGAGAAUUUAAUGCCACGAACCCAGCACAGCACAGCGUUGCAGAAUUCAUUGCCGCUCUCCAUUGCCCAAAUGGCGGUUGCCGCAAACGAAUCACAGCAUCAUGGACCACAAUCGUUAGUCGUAAAUGGGCAUCCGCAUGCCCCGCAGCAUCAUCCACAGCAUCUCGCACCAAAUCUGUCACCAUCUGUCCAACUCUCUAGUCAAGUUUCAGAAUACAUGAUGAGGAUAUUGAGAGAUCGGAUACCCACUAAUGGGAUAAUUCCGCAUCAAGGUAACUCACCGACGCCGCCACCAGGAACAGUGGAGGGCUUUAAAUCUGGACUCGAGAUGCCCAGAUUGAAUCUAUGGAACAUUUGUCCAAGCGGUUAUCCAGGCAACAAUAACAUGUACGCCCCGGGAAUGGGACAGCCAUCAUCUUUCUCUCCACCGACCUCGCAAUCGCCAUUAGCGCCGGCAAAUAGCCCGGAACCGCAGCGGGAGGCAUUGGAUCUCGCAAACUCCGGUCAUAGAGCGGAUCCGAUAUCCUCUCCGACCACUAACAGACCCGCAAAUACACCACCAUCGAGUUCAGAUGCGAAGAGAAGUCAAGAAUCUACUGAUCUCGCAUCUCCGAGUCCGAAAAGAAAACUGGUGUUAUCUGACGAGGGAGGAAAUAACACCAUAGGAACGUACCAUACUGUGCAUAUUAAACAAGUACCUAGUUUAGGAGAAAAUGGUAAGAAACAACUAGAAAUUAGCGUACAGAUUGAUGGUAUUUUAUAUGAAGGCGUUUUGGCACCUAAACAUGAUGAGGACAGUGACGAGUCAAUGAGCCCCAAUAAUAAUAACAAUAAUCAUAAUAAUAAUAAUAAUAAUAAUAAUAAUGGAAAACGGACACAUAAUGAGAACGAAACGUGAACGCUUUGUACACAUAGUUUCAUGUGACACAAAUUAGGAAAAUCUAAAGGAAACAUUUACAUAUGUAAUAUUAAUAUUUGCAUUUUGUAUAUAUAUUAAUAUUAAUAUUUGAUGUUUGUUUCCAAAUGUUUAUGUAGAUUGUUUAUUAAAGGAAAUAAUGACCUUUUUCAAAGAUGAUCUGAAAACGCAUUUGCGUUUUAAUCGAAAUUGACUUUUCAUUUGCUUAAGUGAUAAUUUCACAAACUUUCCUAUCAUUUUGAAUGCUAUCCAAGUGACUAGAAUAUUUAAACGUCUCGGAUGUAUGCGCUUGAAAGCUAGACUUAUUGCGCUCGGAAAUUAACAGUUCCAAAUAGUUCCAUACAUAUAAUAGCUGCGCUAAUCAAGUUUUUUCACAUAGAAAUUUAUAUAAAAGAAAA